AGCAUUGAGGGCAAAGAAGCCACGCAAGUUUAAGCCAAUUAAAGUUUGCCGAGUGUGACAACUGAAAAGCUGUUGGAUUGAGAUGUUUUCAGCGUCGCAUAUUUGCGAGUUCAUUAUGAAAAGCAUUCAUUUACACAACAAAAACUACCUAUAAUUAGAUUCUAUUCAUUAUUAUUUUGACUGAAACACACUGAAGCAACUUGUUGUGCUUCUUUCCGGAAAUUUAUUUAAUUUGAUAAAAGAUUGAGUCGCAUUUUACACCCCCAAAGAUACAAAAUGCGCAAGACGGACCCAAUAAACAGCGCGAAGAUGCAGUCGGGGUUUGUUUGCUAAAGGGUGAAUCUAUCAAGUGGUUAAAAUAUGUGAAAAAUGGGAACUGAAAAAUUACACGAGUAUGAGGGUGUCUUAGGCCGACUACACACCCUCAGAGACAACAUCAAAGACAGGUGGAACACCUGGAAAGAAGAGAGUCCAGGUAGAUUAUCCUCUCUUUUACUAAGACGUGAAAAAACACCCCCAGGAGUCAUCUACGAAGACUAUUCUCAUAUCUACAGACGAAAAACCCGGACUGAAUUGAUACGUAUUUCAGCAGCUGUAAUGGGAAUUGAAUUCUCAUAUUCAGCGGAAACAGCUUUCGUAUCGCCUACAUUAUUGAAAAUCGGUGUUGAGCACAAACAUAUGACCCUAGUCUGGGCUUUAUCUCCCCUUAUUGGAUUCUUCCUAACUCCAAUUUUAGGAUCAUUGAGUGAUCGAUGCCAUUUAAAUGCCGGACGACGAAGACCUUUUAUUUUUGUGAUGUCUGUUGGAGUUUUAUUGGGCCUUUUGUUGGUCCCCAAUGGAGAACUAUUGGGCUAUGUAGCAGGUGACCCUAAUCCUUCAGAUCCUCAAUACAAUAAUUCGCACCCUUGGGGAGUGUUUUUCACGGUUUUGGGAACGGUCCUCCUGGAUUUUGAUGCCGAUGCGUGCCAAAGCCCAGCAAGGGCAUAUUUGUUAGACGUUACCAUUCCUGAUGACCAUGCCCGUGGUUUGAGUACUUUUACUGUGAUGGCAGGACUAGGGGGAUUUUUAGGAUACGCUCUAGGAGGGAUAAACUGGGAUGCGACUCUUAUAGGCAGAUUACUAGGAGGUCAUGUUCGGGCUGUUUUCACUCUAACAACUCUAAUUUUCGUCGUGUGUGUGUCUUACACUAUCACUAGUUUUAAGGAAAUGCCUUUGAGACUCCUUGAAUUGAAAGGAACUUUAGAAGAGGCAGAUGAAAUCAAAAAAACCGGGUCCAAUUAUGGUAGUUUAGAAGUAGACGAUGAACAAGAAAAUUCUACUCAAUACAUUUCGAUCAAUAGCGAUCAACCAAAAUCGAGGAAAAGUAUAGUCCCGGCACCUAAUGCAUCUUUACUUAUUUACCUCAAAAGUAUUAUCUAUAUGCCUAAAUCACUGAAAAUCUUGUGUUUGACGAACCUUUUCUGUUGGAUGGCUCACGUCUGCUACUCUCUUUAUUUCACAGAUUUUGUCGGCGAGGCUGUCUUUGGAGGAAAUCCAACUGGCCUUGAUAGUGACCCCAAUCGUGAGUUAUACGAAAGUGGAGUCCGAUUUGGUUGUUGGGGAAUGUCAAUGUAUUCCUUAUCUUGCGCUUGCUACUCUUUGAUAAUCGAAAAAUUGAUUAAAAAUUUUGGUGCCAGAAAAGUCUACGUUGGGGGUCUAUUGGUUUAUUCAAGUGGAAUGUUUUUGAUGGCUUUGACUAAACAUAAAGUUGGGGUUAUUAUAUUUAGUUGGACUGCUGGUGUUAUGUACUCGACUCUUUUCACCAUGCCAUAUCUCCUAGUUGCUCACUACCACGCCAAAGGAACGUUUGAGAAAGUUGAAGAAGGGAAAGAAAUUACUCAACAGAUCCGAGGCCUCGGAACCGACGUUGCCAUAGUCUCAAGCAUGGUUUUCCUCGCUCAAUUUAUCUUAUCAAUGUGUAUGGGUUAUAUUGUCAAUGCAGUGGGGACCACCACCGCUGUGGUCGUCGUUGCAAGCAGCCUGGCUUUUUGUGGGGCUAUAACUGCAACCCAAGUCGUCUAUUUGGACCUUUAAGUUAUUUUUAACAAAAAAAAAUGCAUGUUUGGUGUCCUCGUCACAUUUUGGCAAAUAUUCGUGUUUUGAUGUGUCCAAUAGACGUGACUUUGAAAAGGCAAAUAAAAUAUGAAUGUUG